AUGGCUUUCCCAAAAGGACGAACAAAGUCAAUCGAGUACCCCUCCUCGGCAAACCCACCAGGCACACAACAGACACAGCUGUUUUCCCUUCAUCGAACGAGGGGUUCGUUCUGUCCAGAGUAUCAAUCUUCAGUUGUUCCAUCAUUCGCAAGAUUGACCAGAAAAGUGUCAAGUUUCGCAGAAAGGCGGUUCACGAUUGGGCUUGGUGUGGUGAACUGGACCUAUCAGAUGCGUUGGUCGGUUAGAGGUAGCUUAUCACCGAAGUACCUCUAUGUGUACCUACCUAAGCAAAGUUCGGAAUUGGGAUUAUUCUCUUCUUGCGACGCGCACUACCUCACUACGUACCUGGUAUGGAACCCAAGCCCAGUCAACCUUAUAGGGCCGCUUGGCCCCAUUUCGUCUUUCUUGGCAGUUUUUGAACUUAAGCCGCUAGAAAAUGAUGACGACCGAUUGGACGAAACCCGCCUCUAA